AUGUGUAAGACGAAGCUAGAUAGCAAGCAAAGUGCAAUGAAGAAAAAACAUCGUGUGCUGCAUGUUCGAGAACCAGGAAGUGAUGACGAUCAAACGGAUGCCAGCGGUGACGAAGCAAGAAGAAGUGACAGCGAUAGUGAUGUGCAACAAAUUUACGCAACAGAUACGAAGCACGAAAUGGUAACAUGUUACGUCGGCGGAGUCAAACAGAAUUGGAUCGUUGAUUCAGGAGCCCAUGUGAACGUCGUCAGUCGCGAAACCUGGCGUAAAUUGAAGCGCGAAGGAUGUAAGAUUAGCUGCAAUCACGAAGGUCCAAAAUUUCUGCGCGUCUACGGAAAUGGUAAACUAAAGGUGCAUAAAAUCAUCAAGACGGACAUCAGCACCCGCUCGAAAACAGUUCACCACGAAGUGUAUGUCGUCGAUAGUGAGAGAGGGGCCAACCUCCUUUGUAAACAAACAUCGUUGGAGCUCGAUAUUUUGAAGAUUGAAGGAGAGGUUUUCAACGUAACUUCAAAAGAAGAAAAAGUGGGAAAAGUGAAAAAUUUACAGGUAGGGGUGAACAUCGACCAAAAAGUAGUUCCAGUUCAGCAGCCUGCUCGACGCCUUCCGAUACCGUUACAAGAGCUCGUGGAAUCAAAGUUGCAAGAUUUACUCAAACAGGACAUCAUUGAGCCAGCACCACUAAAAGUUACCUGGGCCUCCCCUUUGGUGGUGACACCAAAGGAUAGUGGCAGAAGUGUACGUCUGUGUGUCGACAUGAGGCGUGCGAAUGAGGCCAUUAUUCCGGAUCGACAUCCGUUACCUACCUUUGAUGAAAUUAUGCCGCACCUGGACGGCUGCAAGUUUUUCAGUAAGAUAGAUCUUGUAAAGGCCUUCCACCAGAUCGAGCUGGCACCAUCAUCAAGGGAGAUCACCACGUUUGUCACGCCGAAUGCUUAUUAUCGAUACAAACGGCUCAUGUUCGGCAUGAAUUGUGCGGCAGAAAUUUUCCAAAGGGAGAUCGAAAGGAUUCUGAGGGGACUGAAAGGAACAAAGGUGUUUAUCGACGACAUUCUGGUAUACGCAAAAACGCAAGAAGAGCAUGAUCGACGAGUUCAAGCCGUUCUGUGCCGACUAGAGGAAUUUGGAUUAACCGUAAACAUGGUCAAAAGUGAGAUCGGGAAGACCGCCGUUGACUUUAUGGGUCACACCCUAUCAGCCCGUGGUAUUUCUCCGAUGAACGAUAAAGUCAGCGCCAUCCAGGCUUUUCGAAGACCACUAAAUGCUACCGAAAUGCGGAGUUUUCUCGGAUUGGUGAACUACGUUGGUAAGUUCAUUCCGAGCUUAUCCAGCCUAUCCGCACCAUUGCGACAGAUGACAAUAAAAGGUGUACCAUUUAACUGGACGAAGGAAGGGAAACGUGCGUUUGAAGUAAUCAAAUCUGCUUUGGUUAAACCGGAACAUUUGGGUUAUUUCAGUCCAAAAAAUCCGACUACUUUGAUCACGGAUGCAAGUGCUAACGGUCUAGGAGCAGUUUUGUUACAGUACACACAAGGCGAACCGAGAGUUAUAAGCUACGCCAGCAAAAGUUUGACUAAGACGGAGAAGAAGUACUCAACAUUGGACAAAGAAGCAUUGGCGAUUGCGUGGGCAACGGAGCGUUUUCGAAUGUACCUUACUGGACUAGAUUUUACCAUAAAGACUGAUCAUAAACCAUUAGUCGCUAUCUUCAGCCAAACAUCUAUUCCAAAUCAGCGACAGGAACGGUGGGUUCUAAAAAUGCAAGCAUAUCGCUACAAGAUCGACUUCGUACCUGGAAAGAUAAAUAUAGCUGAUCCUCUGUCACGACUUUCCGAAGUCCUCGGUGAUAAAUCUUUUGACAGAAGCUCAGAGGCAGACCUGUUUGCAAUUGUGGAAGUAAAUAAACCAGCCGCAAUAACGAUGAACGAUAUCAUCCAAAGUUCCCAGAACGAUGAUGAACUGCAAAAAGUAAAAUCUGCUUUGCACAGCGGAAAGUGGGAUGAUAUUAGGCAAUACGCACCAUUUAAAAGCGAACUGUGCUUCAUAAACGAUAUUUUAUUACGUAAAAAUAGAAUCGUCGUUCCACAAAAUCUUCGAGCGGUCGUCUUGACUCUAGCUCAUAUCGGACACCCCGGACGCGAAAAAAUGAAAAGGAGAAUGAGAGUAGCGGUUUGGUGGCCGGGUAUGGAUGUCGCUGUUGAAAAAACGUGCAAGGAAUGUUUCAACUGUCAACUGGUAGCCCCGUUUGAAAAACCGGAGCCGUUGCGCAUUAGAGAUUUACCGAGUGCAUCGUGGAUUCAUCUUUCGGGUGACUUUUUGGGUCCACUCCCAGACGGCUGUUAUAUUUUUGUCCUUAUUGACCUGUAUAGUCGUUUCGUAUUAGCCGAACCAAUGAAGCAGACAACAACAGGGGAAGUCAUCAGGUUCUUGAAGGAAAGCUUCACUCGAAUGGGUUUACCUUGCGUUUUGACUUUCGACAAUGCAAGAAAUUUCUCAAGCCAGGAACUCAAGGACUACUGUGUAGAUAAGGGAAUAAAACUAACCCAUACUACACCAUACUACCCUAGUGCAAAUGGAGAGGUCGAGCGUCAAAAUCGAUCAAUCCUCAAGGUAUUGAAGAUUGCAAGACAGCAAGGGACAAACUGGAAAGAGGCAUUGCAAGAGUACCUCUAUAUGUAUUCGGUCACUCCACACUCGGUAACAGGGGUUCCGCCUGCACAACUUAUGUUCGGUCGUAGAUUCCGAGAUUUGAUCCCACAUCUGCAACUGGAAUUGUGCGAUGACGAAGAAAUGCGCGAUCGCGAUAGCAUUAUAAAGCACAACGCCAAGGAGUACAGGGACAAGAAGGUUGGAGCUAGAGAAUCGACAAUUGACAUAGGAGAUGAAGUGCUACUGAAAAAUAUGACACCACAAAAUAAGUUGUCAUCGAAUUUUUUACCAACUGCAGCUAAAGUGAUUCAACGCUGCGGAAAUAACCUUACAGUAGAAACAGGAAAUGGGCAGGUCUACAGACGUAAUACUUCCCACGUUAAAUCAUUGGUUCGUCCAUCAGAUGCAGAACAUCAAGUAAUAGGGGAGAAUAGUGAUUAUGCUGCUAAUCCGAUGAGCGCUUGGAUUCCACCCAAGGGAUCAGAAACCCUCCAGAGGCCUCGCAGAGAAAUACGACGUCCUAAACAUCUGGAGGACUUUUAUCCAUAG